GCUAUUAUUAUUUGCAAAUGAAGUACCUUGACGUCGAGUCGUUCAGAAACAUCAACUCGCUCUUGUCGUUCCCAACAACCAGCGGCGACCGGCAUGUGGUCGGCAGAGUUGAGGCAUAUUCAUGCAAGGCUGCAGGAACCGACAAGAAGCUGUACAAGUACUUGGAAAACAAGUACCAGGAAGACCUUGAGGAGGCCAAGAGCCUCUCGCCAGAGCAGAGCUCGUUGACUAACAUUAUUUCGCCGUUCGGCCCGCUGACACAAUCGGCAUCGAGGAAGACGCUGUUCUAUCUCAUUGGCACGCUGAACGCCAGCUUCCCUGAUUACGACUUUAGCUCGCUGAGCGCGGACCAGUUCGUCAAGGAGCCAUCGACUGGCGACACGAUCAAGUCAAUCAACACGACCUUGAUCAACGUCGGCUGCCCCGCUGGCCUGCGCACCAGCCGCAUGUGGGAUGUCAUCGACAACACUAUCAACAUCGACGAGUGCGACAUUUACACGUACACACCCGAUGCCGAGUCGGACCCGUACGAGGAGGACGGGCCGGUGUGGUCGUUCAAUUACUUCUUCUUCAACAAGCGCAUGAAGCGGAUCGUGUUCUUUACGUGUCGCUGUGUGAGCAAUCUGGACGAGCUCGAGACCUCGAGUGAC